AUGUAAGAUCAUACUCUAGCAGUCAAGACACAAAAUGAUUGGGAUGCACUCGUGCUUAACAAUCCAAAGCCUGUCAUUGUCGAUUUCUAUGCUGAUUGGUGUGGACCAUGCAAGGUGUUAAAACCCAAACUCCACAAGUUUCACGAAGAAGGCCAAGGAAAAUGGGAAUUGGCAGUGGUCAACGUUGACAUUGAGGAAUUACAACAGAUUUCAUCCACAUAUGCAAGUUAAGGAAUUCCAGCUGUGUAUUUAUUCCAUAAAGGCAAGCAAAUAUCAACAUUCUUGGGCAAUAACGAAGCCAAGGCAAAGGAAAUGGCUUCACAGGCUGCAGCAUUAUGAGAUCAAUAUAGAUAUUAAAAAUUCAAUAUAGAUAUAAAUUGUCA